CAGCGUAAAGAGAUGGUGAACGAUCUGGACGGUCCGUUCAGGAAGACCUUCAGCCCUGAGAACCUGUCCGCGUUCAGCUGGGAUAAGACUACUUCCUGGGCCGAGGAGAAGGCCCCCCUGACUGUGGCCUGUCUCAGGUCCAUGUUCCCCCCCGCCAAGAAGAUCCAGAAACAGAUCGUGAACUACAGCCCAGGGAACAAACCCCGGCGGAUGUCGGACGAGGAGGCGAAGCAGAUGCUGGACCGGAGGAUCGGCCUCCUGCUCUCGGUGCCGCUGUACACCAGCACCCUCAGGGCCUGCUUCCUCCAGACGGCCUUCAGCGUGGAGAUGCUGCGACACCGCUGCCCCGUCAAAGUCUUCGGCAUCAUGAACGGCCUCGGCAUCUCGCAGUCCAAAACCACCGCCGGGGUCCACGCCAAGAAGCUCGCCGAGGAGCACGGCAGGCAGGUGAAGCAGUGGAGGGACGAGAUCCAGAUGACGAGAAAGACGCAGUACUGCAGCGACGACUCCGGGAAGGCGGCGGCUUACACCUUCACCUGGGGGAACGUUCGGGUGCCGUCCGUGUCCCGGUCCGACUCGGCGGAACGAGGCUACGGCUUCGCGACGUGGGCGUUUCGCUUCGCUCAUCGAGUUCGGAUUAACUUCCGUAACCUGCACGGACCUCCGGCGAAAGCAGCGGACGUGUCUCCGUCCAGCAUCCUGCCGUCCAAACAGGUGCGCGCACUUUAAAAGGAGCCAAUCGGAGAGCUGUUUUAUAACAGGGACGGUUCACGAUCUGUAGAAGUGAGUAUGAAACAGCACGCAGGAACAUCAGCUCCUCCUGGACGCCACCGCGUGUAGUUUAAAUAUCCGGAUGUCCGGUGUGCGUACAGGACAGAGCUGACUGACACGCUGCUAGUUAACGUCGCACUCGUUAAUAUCUGUAUUACAGCUUUUAUACAUCCAGAGAACUUCUACAGACGCCAGACCAGGCGUCUCAUGGCGGCCCGGAAACAAUACGCUGAUGAUGUCACUGAUCAUCAAUACAGAAUUUAGGCAAAUAAAUAUUAAAGUCAUCGAGACGGAUCAGAAAACUCAGUUUCAUGUGAAACGACCCAAAGAGCCUCCUCUUCCUCCUCUUCUUCCUCCUCCUCCUCUUCUUCCUCCUGCUGCUCCUCCUCUUCCUCCUGCU